GUUUCUUUAAUGUUGCUUACAAGAUGCUGAUAUGAUCAUUUGAGAUGACCUUCGCUUAUCUUUGUGUUAACAUUUUGUGCAGAUCUGCCCCUCAGCUAUAUUCUCAUUCUGCUGUCACAUCAUGGCGAUUGGUGGCUUUUCGCUGCAAAGCAUUUGGCGAUAGAACCGGUGCGUUUUUUCGGACAAGAGCCUAUAGCAACAAUUGCUACAAUACACAGCACGACUCAAGAAAGCUGGUUCGAAAUGGGCAAGAGAAAAAAUUAGUGAUCUGUGUAGAGGGGAAUAUUGCCAGUGGGAAGACAACAUGCCUCGAGUAUUUCAGUAAAACCAGUAACAUUGAGGUGCUGACUGAACCCGUUUCUAAAUGGAGGAAUGUUCGUGGCCACAACCCGCUGGGGUUAAUGUAUCAGGACCCUGCGCGAUGGGGCAUCACCCUACAGACCUAUGUUCAGCUAACCAUGUUGGACAGGCACCUCUCAACAAUAUCAGCCCCAGUGAGAAUGAUGGAAAGGUCCAUCUACAGUGCCAAGUAUAUCUUUGUAGAGAAUCUUUACAGAAGUGGGAAGAUGCCAGAAGUGGACUUUGCGGUUCUUAGUGAGUGGUUUGAGUGGAUCACUCAGAACAUCACCAUUCCUGUGGAUCUUAUCGUUUACCUCCAGACAUCUCCACAGACCUGCCUCGAGAGGCUGAAAGUGAGAUGCAGGGAGGAGGAGAAGGUCAUUCCUUUGGAAUAUUUAGAAGUCGUUCAUCAGCUGUAUGAAGACUGGCUGAUAAAGAAGACAUCCUUCCAUAUUCCUGCACCAGUACUUGUCAUUUCAGCAGAUGAUGACAUGCAGAAAAUGCUCCACCAAUAUGAGGAGAACAGAGAGAAGAUUAUAGCAGCAAGGAAUGUAUAAUGAAGGUGUAUGUAGAAAAGCAUCCCUUACUAACUUUACUCAACUCUUAAGAGCCAUUGUUUUAGUCAAAAUUCCUAAGCGCUCUGUAAAAUGCGUGUGUUUGUAUGUGUGUGUGUGUGUUAGAUCUAGACCAAAUGUCCCCAUGAGUAUAGUAAAACCAGAAACAAUUUGACUCAUGGGUACCUUUUGCAGGGUUUCUUUAAGGUCCAGGUGUUGUUGGUUAAGUUUUGGGUUAAGGUUGGGCAUUACAUUUAGGUUUAGGCACAAAUAUUACUUUAUUGAGGUUGAGGUUAAGGGUAGGGUUAGGGUGAGGUUUAGGGUUAAGAUUAGGGCAAGGGAGCAUGCAAUUUAAAGUUUCUGGUUCCCAUGAGGAUAACCAUACAAACGAGAGUGUGUUUGAGAGUGUGUGCGUUUGAGAGUGUGUGCGUGCGUUUGAGAGUGUGUGCGUGCGUUUGAGAGGGUGUGCGUGCGUUUGAGAGGGUG